GCCGUUCACGUCUCCUGCUCUUUUAUCUUCGAUCACCGUUGUCCACCAAUUUCCGGUCACCACAUCAAUCAAAUCAAUAUUCCCACAUUUUCCCUUCACCUUCCCCUCCAUCCUUCCUCCCGUUCCGCCGCCGCCGCCGCGCCCUUCAUCUCCCACUCCAAUUAAUCCUUUGAUUCCUCUCGAUCGAUCGCAGCAAGUAGUUGGCGAGGAGCUAGCCAGCGAUCAAGCAAGUUUUUUUAUUAGCGCAAUCGAUGAUGGAAAGCUAUGCAUCCAUGGCGGCGCCGCCGCCGCCGCCGUCCACUUCCUUGCCUUCCCCCCGUCAGCUAUCCUUAGCUGAUCCGGAGGCGUCGUUCCCCGGCCGCGCCGCCUCUGAGGUCGAGCCGGCAAACAAGAAGAAGGAGAAGAAGGCGAGGAGGCACCGGUUCGCCUUCCAGACGCGGAGCCAGGUGGAUAUCCUCGACGACGGCUAUCGCUGGCGCAAGUACGGCCAGAAAGCCGUCAAGAACAACAAGUUCCCCAGGAGCUACUACAGAUGCACACAUCAAGGGUGCAACGUGAAGAAGCAAGUGCAGAGGCUGUCCAAGGACGAAGGCGUAGUGGUGACGACGUACGAGGGAGUGCACAGUCAUCCCAUCGACAAACCCAACGACAACUUCGAGCACAUACUCAAGCAAAUGCAGAUCUACUCCCAGUUCUAAUCCAGUAAUUCAUUAGUUUGUUAAUUGAUCAUUUAAUUACUGGAUCCUACGUACGUCUAGUUUACGUUCUUGUAAAUACAAAAGUUGUAAUUUAAAACAUUAAGCUUCGCCAAGGAGAAAUAUAUAUGUUCUAUAUAUUGUAUCUCGAUCCUUGAGCUUCACUCAGGAUUAGUAUA